AUGCAAGAAGAUGCUCUGUAUUCAGCUGCCAUUGCCGGAGAUACUGAUGCCAUAGCUGCAUUGGAGAUGCAUGCUGAUAAACUGAACAUAUUCGAAAAAACAAUCCUUCACACACAGUCCCAAGAUAGAAAUACAGAACACGUGCGAAUUAUAUUGAGGGAGUUUGCAGACAAAAACCUUCUCGUCAAGCUUAACGAAGAUAAAAAGACUGCACUUCACUUCGCUUCGUCUCAAGGACACACAGAACUGGCUGAGAUCCUCAUUAAUGCUGCUAGACAUUUGCUGCCUACUGAUCAUGAUGAUGCAGUUACUUCAUUUCAAGCUUUUCUUAGGCAAGCUGAUAAUAAGAUGCAGACUGCCUUACAUGAAGCAGUUAAGAAGGGUAAUGUGGCCCUUUUUAAGCUAUUAGUAGAGGCCGAUCCAAGUGAUACACAUACACGGAACAAUGGAGGUGAAACGCCAAUCUACAUUGCUGCGGAAAGUGGGUACUGUGAUAUAGUGAAGAUGAUCUGUACAACUCGCACUGCUCCACUUGAUUUGGAUGGUCCUGGUGGUAGUACCACUGUUUUACAUAUUCUUAUCAACAAUGCCGACCCAGAAAAAGAAGAAGACGGAGAAAUGAUUAGACAAAUCACCGAAGCUGUUAUAAAUAAUCACCGGGAUGAGGAGUUUAAGAACUUGAUCCAGUUCUUCGAUAGAACUGACGAGAAAAGAUCCAUCAUUUUAGAAUUGGCUGUAGAGAAAAAUUAUUUGGACACGGUUCAAUUGAUAUUAGCAGAGCUGGAUGCACAGCUUGAUGAGGAGACAAAUAACAGUCGUAAAUUUAUAUUCGCAGAAUGGGAGCCCACCAAACGAAUGUGUUCUAAUUUGAUGAGUAUCAAGCCUUUAAUUUACAAAGUCAUGGAUAAAGAAUACACUGACAUGUUCAACUUACUCACUCUUACAUAUCAAAGAUAUGAUAGAAAGGCUGAACAAAUUUGCGUUACAAGAUCAUUGUAUGCACCUGCUACCGCCGAUAUAUUCAAAAUGCCCCGAUUGAUUCAUGCUAUUAGCAGCCGCCAACAAGAAUCCGUCAUCAGCAUGUUAAAGGAGUAUUACGCCGACACCAUUGUAACAUUUGCUGACAAUCUAGGAUGGACUGCCAUCAUGCAGCAUAUCAUGAAUUUGAUAUGAUAAUUCAUCCUAUAAUAGAAGUACAAAAAAAAUUCAAAUAUCCAUUUGUGUACCAAGAUAUGUUAUCAACACUUUUUCAUAUAGCUGCAGAAAAAGGAUAUGCUUCCACAAUAAUAUGUCUUAUGCAAUCAUGGCCAACUCGGUCAUCAGCAUAUACUGUUGUUGACAAAAAUGAACAAAAUAUAUUGCAUUUAGCUGCAUUGCAAAGUAAAACAGAGAUGGUACAAGGCAUUUUAAAAUAUUGUUCACAAGAGUUCAAGAAAGAAUUUGUGAAUAAGCAGGAUAACAAUGGUGAUACACCACUCCACAUUCUUAUCAAACGUGGUUGCUUCAUUCCCGAACUCUUGAGAUAUGAAGGGCUUGAUAUAACGGUAGAAAACAAGAAAAGAUGGACUCCUCUUGAUAUGUUGUAUUUUGAUG